ACCAGAGCGGGAGCGGGAAACUCCCCUCGUCCCGUUUGUUAUAUGAAGUCUCAAAGGGAAGAGGGUGGGCUUUCUUAAAAGGGAAGGCGCGACGGGGCGAGUGGCGCGGCUCCACCUUAAGCGGCGCAGUGAAGGGAGGCUCCGGGAGGAGAAGGAAGGAAGAGGCGGAGGCAACAGCGCCUCCUUAAGCGGCUCGCGGGUCCCGCUCGGGCGGUGCUGCUGCUGCUGCUGCUGGUAGAAGAGGAGGAGGAGGCGGCGGCGCGUGCGGCUGGGGGAGGGGGGAGAGGAGGGAGCGAAGAGGGAGGAGCUCGCGCUGCCCGGACCAGCCCGCGCGCCACUGCCGCUGCCGCUCCUUUUCCUCGCGGCAGCAGCAGCAGUAUCGGCGGAGCGUCUCUACUUGGCGGCGCGCGCUGAGGCCGAGGCGGAGCGGCGCGCGGGGCCCGCGAAGCCCCCAGAGGGAGGGAGAGGGCGAGGGAGGCGCCGGCGCCGGCCCUUCCUCCUCCUCCGCCUGCUCUUCGUCUUGCCUCUCCUCCUCGGCCAUGGCGGGCCCCGCUCCCCCUCCUCCGGGCCAGGAGGCGCCCCGCUACCAGGAGUGGAUCCUGGACACCAUCGACUCGCUGCGCUCUCGGAAGGCGCGCCCGGACCUGGAGCGCAUUUGCCGCAUGGUGCGCCGCCGCCACGGCCCGGAGCCCGAGCGCACCCGCGCCGAGCUGGAGAAGCUCAUCCAGCAGCGCGCCGUGCUCCGCGUCAGCUACAAGGGCAGCAUCUCCUACCGCAACGCCGCCCGCGUCCAGCCGCCCCGCCGCGGGGGCACGGGGGUGGCAACGGCAGCGGCGCCCAACGCCAACGCUAGCAACGCCGCCGCCUCCCCGCAGCAGCAGCAGCAGCGCCCGGCCCGCGCCUCCCCGCCCAGCGCCAACGCCGCCGCCGCCACGGCGCCCCGGUCUUCGCAGAGAGCGCCGCCCGCGCCCCCUCCUCCUCCUCCGCCGCCCCCUCCGCCGCCUCGUCGGACCGGACGGGAGCGCCCGCCGCCGCCGGCCUCCUCCUCCUCCUCGUCGUCGUCCCCCUCCCCGGCGGUGGAGGAGCCCGCCCCGGUCAGCCUGCGGGAGAUUGCGCGCUACUUGGGCGGCGAGGGCGGCGCCGCCUCCUCCGCCUCCGCCUCGUCGUCCUCCUCCUCCCCGGGGCCCGGCCGGGUGACGAGGGGCCGCGCGCAGGGGCUGCUCCUGCUCCAAGAGGAGCGCCUCGACAAGAGGGCCGGCGGCAGCAGCAGUGGCGCUGUCGCCUUGCCCAGGGCGGACUCCAGAGGCGCGCAGGCCCGAGCCGCCCCCUCUGCCAGGGCGCCUAGGAACAAGAAGGUGGGUGAAGAGGUCAAAGGUGAAGAGGAAGAGGAGGACGAAGAGGAAGAAGAAGAGGAUGAAGUCUCCACGAUGUCAGAAGGCUCAGAGGUGGCACAAGAGUAUGAGGCCAACAACUACACCCGACCUGGGAUUGGCCAGCUGAACGGGGACUGUAAAGACAGGCAUGGCGGGAAAGAGAUCCCGCCCAGCAGUGGCUUCAACAGAGACCUGCGCUCCCUUGAGGAGCAGCCCUUGAGCAAAGGAUUGGACCGGCCCCACCAUGAAGGAAGCGAGCAGUGCCACACAACAAAGGCCUCUUGGCUGGGAGAAAGUGCCUGUCGUCAUCUGGGAAGUGGCAAGAAAGAGAGCAGCGCUGCCUAUCAGCAGCCAGACAGAGCAGUAUCACCAGCUGUUGCAGGUACUGAUCCCUCUGUGCCCUCUUCUCCUGGGAGACCAGGCAUCCAGGCAGAUGGGAGACCCUUCAGCUGCAUCUCAGUGAAGGAGAAGCCUUCUGAUCCAGUCGAAUGGACUGUGGGUGAUGUUGUGGAUUAUUUCACAGAAGCUGGGUUUGCUGAACAGGCAUCUGCCUUUCAAGAGCAGGAGAUUGAUGGGAAGUCUCUGUUGCUGAUGCAGCGCACUGAUGUGCUGACAGGCCUGUCCAUCCGCCUAGGUCCUGCCCUCAAGAUCUAUGAAUAUCACAUCAAGGUGUUGCAGCAGUGCCACUUUGAAGAGGAUGAGGGUGAUUCCUUCAUGGGCUGAGGAAAAUGGGCACAUCUUGUGAAGGGGUGGGAAAGGGGGACAUACUGAAAUGUAACAUGGGCUCCUCCAGCUGCUGCUGUCUCAGCCAUUUCAACCUCCCUCUGACUUCUUGAGAGCAAGACAAUGUCAAUGGGGGAACAGCAAAAACUUUGACCAGAUAUUGUGAGAGGAGGGAGGCAGAAAUGAUGAACACACUGGCCUUAGGGCUUCUGAACCUUGAUUGUCCAGAGGGGGUGAAAAAGCAAGGUUGGGAGGCCUACAAAAUCAUUUUCUUCUCCUGUCCUGUAUUAUCUAUUCUAAGCUAUUUUCACUUGCCAUAGUGCAUUGUCUGUAUUGGGAAAGGUAGGAGAGAAAUAUGGUUUUGAUCUCCUUUUCCCGGCCUCAAUUUAAUUGAAAUAGUACAUGCUUCAGCAUCCCUCUCUGCUCUCCCCUCUCCUAUCACAGUAGCACUUGAUGGCCCUAGCUUCCCCCUUCUUUGUUGCUGUGAUUGACAAAACAAAAAUAGAGCCUGCUGGAGGUGUCAAGAGGCUUUAUUCAAAUACUUUUUUAUUCUCUUUUCUGUUUGGGUAGGCUUUUCUUACAAUUUUCAUGGUCGUUGCCCAAAGUCAACUGCUUUUUAUUAUUAUUUCUUCCUUCCCAUUUUAAAAAAAUAUAAAUAUUUAAACUGGAAAAAUACCUGAUUGAUUUAAUUAUCCCAGAACUGUCAGUUUUGUUGAAAAGGUUAACAGGAUAUGCAUUUAAGGGAUAGAUGUGUGUGUGUGUAAGGAAGGUGGAAGUUCUGCAUUCUGUUUGUGGGGUUGGUAAUAAAAUGUUUGAUUUUUUCAAGGGAAAGGCCUAGAAAGGGGUAUAAAGUCUAUUCUGCCUGCUCUUAAAGGUAGACCUGAGGAAUUCUGACAGCUUCCAGUUUUGCAAUUGACUGGAGUUAAAAUCCAUUAACCAUUGCACAUCCACAAUAAAGUCAAGAACUAUGAAGAAUGAUGGCAGAGGGGAUUUGUGUCACAUACACAAAACAUACAGGUCAGGUAGUACUCUUACAUACGAGCUGUAGUAGUCCAUAUCAGCAGUGUAAAUGCUUUGGUUUUUUUUAAGGAGUGGGAAGGGCAACUGGUCAGGAACAUUAUUUUCUAUGAAGGAAACAAAUUGGUGGUACAUUUUGUUACCUAGGAAUGAUCCUUUUUUUAUUCAAGUCAUGAAGGUAGGUCAUAGGAAUAUGAGGUGCUGGUGCAGCAUCCACAGUAAAAUGUGUUCCUUGGCACACAUCUUGUAAUAAAACUGUACUGUUUGCUAAGGAAAUACUUGUUAAUCAAAUUAAUGUGAAGCUAAUAUAACUGCAAUGGUUUUGCAUAAAGAAGAAUCAAAACUUCAUUGAGAGUGCUGGCAACUCUUGUUUAUCAGAUAUUUGGGGCCAUAUAAAGAGCUUCAUUUCCCAAGAGUUUCUUGUUUGGGAGCUGUGACAGAUGAAAUCUGAAACUGGUUUAAAUAUGGGAUGUAGGCAGGCCAUUAUUGUAAUGUGACAAUUUAUGGGAUGGGCAGUUCACCUGCCCUGUUCUGUUGUUCACAGAACAUCCAGAAUUUUAUGUAGCUAGAAACACCUCUUCCCUAUGCAUUCCUAGAAGAGUGCAGUGGUAAAUAAGGGGCACACUAAAUUUAUGUUCUCAGUUUUUUUCUUUGGAUCCAGGAGGGCUAGAAACCUGCUGUUUGAAAUUUGAAAUCAGAGGUUCUCAAUGUUGUAGCACAAAAGUGCCUCAGGGGCUUACAUACUGGCUGCAUGUUGCCCCCUGUUGCACUAGACCCUACUAUUUUGUCCAGAGCUGGGAAUAAAAAAAAAGAUUUUUGGGUUCUAACAUGUCUUACCCCAUGUAUUUUUUCGUUGCAUUGGUACUCAGUUGUCAAAGGACAGUGGUAGGUAGUGUGAUACAUUGUAGGCACUAGAGUGGAUGGCCAGUGCUGGUGGAUCUUUGUUCUCUUUUUGGGAGUGGUGGGCACUUCUUUCGGUACCAGAUAUGGUAUUGUUGACUAGACAGGAUGGGAAAAGGAAGAAGGAAUGGAUGCAUUAAUGGUUUGGUUGUGCCAAAAUUUAACCACAGAUUAUAAAGGAUUUUUGAAAAUCAUUUAUUUUCACAUUCUGGUUGUGAUGUAUGGCCUGUUAACUUUGACUCGUCUUAGGGCAGGGGAGAGCAAACUAUGGCUCUCCAAAUGUUGCCAAACUGCAAUUCCCAUUGGUGAGAAGUUCAAGGAAUUGCAAUUCAAUUAGUAUCUAAAGGCCUUUGGCCUUCCUGGAUUCAGUCCUUUGUCCACCUUAAUCUGGUUAUCUCAUCCAGGUUUCAAUUAAAUUGAUCAAUUCAGGUAGUGCUAAGUUCCUCUAUAAACCCCAGAUAAAAGUACGUUGUGUUUCUUGUCUUGAAGAUGUUAGUGUGGGAAAAAUGCAAGCUGAAGUUUUGCAACACAAGAAGGAUUGACAGAAUUUGUGAAAGAGCUGAUACAGCUUCUAGUAUUAAGCACCAAUUUUUCACAGAUGUUCUGUGGGGUAGCCUAAGGCCAGAUCUACCUGUGCUGGUGACAAAACUCUUAGUUAAGUAAGUUCUGUGCUUGUUGAACUGUGACAGUCUUAUAUCGUGUCUUUAGAUCAUAACAGCUCUUGGAAAUAUGGAAGGAAAAACAGCCACAACCAAGGACAUGCCACAUUGUCACUUGGGCAUGUAGCAAAUAGUUCACAGUGCUUAAUGCACCAUGCAUUAAAUACUCAGAAAAUUCCAUCUUAUGGUGGGCAAUAUGUCAAUUUUAGUGGGCAAACCUCUAAGUGAAGAUAGAUAAACACCAAUUGCUUAGGAAUCAAUUGUGAUGAGGAAGAAAUAGUGACAUUUUAAUUUCAAUGCCUGAUCAAAAACUGCUCCAUCAUUUUGGGUGAUUUGCCAUCCAACACAGAUUUGCUAAAUAAAUCUGCCUUUACUCAGAUGGAUUGGUGAAAGCUAGGUGCUGGGGCUCCCAGGAUCAUGCACCACCUCUCCUGUACAAUUGUUGAUUCACUGAGUUAGAGAUACUUCCCCAAAACAGUUUUAAACUUGGGUUUCAGUUGGAGAGCAAAAUCACAAGAGCCUCUUAAAGCCAGAUUGCAGAACUUGGCUGCUGUAGAAUAAGGGGUUGAAUGAUGAAGCCAGUAGGGUGUGUGGUGAAAUAUGAAACUCAAUGCGCUUGUAAUAAGAAGCAAGUAUCUUGAAACAAAGAGGGGCUAUAUUCCCAUCUGAAGAAAACAUAGGUGGUGGUGAUUUAGAAAAGAAAUAUAUCUUUCUAACAGAUUGCAUGUAACUUCCCAGCUAUGCUUUAGGUUGCUCCCUUACUAAAGGCCUGUCUAGUCCAGUUUCCAGAUUGUCAAGCAAGAUAACCAUAGGAAACCUCAAGCAGGACAAGGGCACAUUUGCACCCUCAUCCACCUGUUCCUUAGCCACUGGUGUCCAAGGUGGGAGAUAAGAUGUAGUCAUCAUGCCUGGAAGCCAUCGAUAACUGCCCCCUAACAGAAACUUCAUGGAAUGAAAAUAACUAAGGGUUUGUACAAUCUCUUUAUUGGUGACGAUAGCUGUCCCAUACAUGUUUCCUCAGAGUUCUUGUUAAGUUCCAACAAUGUUUUAUCCUAUGCAGGAUUGCUACAUAUCAGUGGCUUGUCUGAAUUUUUGUGCCUCUUAUCUACCUUUGCUAUUUUCUGUGCCAUUAGCAUUUAAGAAUAAAAAAGAGGGAGGGAGGGUGAAAAGAAGAAAUAUAACAGUGCCUUUAUGGAUAAUUGGUUUUAAUUUUGUUUGUGCUUUUUGUGGAUAUAAAUCCAUUUCAUCAGAUGCAGUACUAAAUGAUAAUAAAUGUUUAGAUAAAAAGAAUGUUCAUAUAGUUUUGGGAGUGGAAUAAAACUGUAUCCAAAGUGGUUUAUGUCCACAAAAGCUGAUGCAAAAAUAAAACCGUUUUUUAACACUGCUAUGUUCCUUUUCUCCCCUUCUUUUUUAUGCAGCAAGAGACUAACAUGGCUACUUUAUUAAAAAGUAGUCGAUCCUCCAUAUCCAUGAAUUCUUCAUCCAUGGAUUCAACUAUCCACAGCUCGAAAACAUCACUAAAAAUCUGAAAGGCAAGCCUUGAUUUUGCCAAUUUAUUUUAGGAAUAGCAUUGUAUUAUGCCACCAUAUAUAAUGAGAUUGAGCAUUCAUGGAUUUUAGUAUACACUGCAGGUCCUGGAACUAGGCCCCUGUGGAAUUGAGAGCCCAUUGUAUAGUAUAUAAAAAGACAUGAGUAGUUGAGGUGGGAUUUUAUAAAGGGAUCCUUUCAGAACAAGAGGUAUUGAUUUAGCUUCUGGCACUCCAACAAAUAUAGAAACAGUACUGCUUGCAGCCACAACUUGCCUCCGAAAUCCAGGAUAUUUAGUAUUUGUUUUAGAAGACACAUAUACAUCCAUUGCUUAUGGUUGAAAAUAACCAUAUUUUCCUUUAAUGUGUGCCUUGUGACAAAGGGGAGAAAACCCAAGGAUUUCCAGCUUUUUAAAUAGUAAAAACAAAUGUUGAGGGAAAUGGAGAGACAAGAAUGCUCUGUAUUGUGGCACUAUUAUACAGUAUUCAAGACCAACAUAAGGAAAGACUGUCCAAUGAUGUAUCCGUGUUUACUAUUUUGGGUACCAGACACAUAUAAGACUCUCUCUCCUGAAUCAUCCUCAGCCAAUGUUGCCACUGGGCACGCUAGCUGGAGAAAAUGAGAUUAAUAGUCAUGACAAGGCAGGAUGUCUAUCAACUGGAAAAGCUGCAUGUUCAUAGGAAUGUUUCUGGGUACCAAAAUUCAGAAUCAGAAAAUAUGGGGAAAGGACAUUAAAUUUGAGUGGCUAACAGCCUUCCUUGUAUGUAGAAAAAAACAAAAGCAGUAUAUUUGGGUAGUUUUUAUUCUAAGCACUAAUGAAACUGCAUGGUAGGUGGCUGAAAAUUGGGAAUCCUGUUCAACCCUCCAAUUAAUGUUGUAAAUUGCCUGCCUCCUAGGUUUGUUCUAAAACAUGACCCUGGAAAAACUGAAAUGCCCAACUGCCUGGCUGGAAAAUUCUAAAUAGAAAUGAUUCCAUCUCUCUGAUGGUUCAUAAUAAAAGCAAACAGCACCAUGACUUUUCAGGGUGUUAGAAGAGUGGUUAUAUUUGUGUGCCUGCUGCUUCAAAUGGAAGACUGGGAGUAUUUUAAAUCCCUCAUCAUGUUGGUCUUUUUUGUUUUCAACCUAUGGAGCUUGCAGAUGAGGUCAGCUUUGAGCUUUGCAAUUAUUCUUCCGUCAUUGCGCCAGAGUGUCUUUGGCAACACAGAACCCCAUUCAAAGGGUGAGGCAGGAGGAAAAUUUGGUUUACAUGAUAACUGUUAACUCCUGGCUCUUCUAAGAUGAUUCAUCUGCUCAAGUUGCUAAAGUGUAGGACCUAUUGCUCUUGCUGGAAUCUGUCUUAGAUUAUGUGCACUGCAGGGACACAUAACUCCUGCCAUCUUGCCACAAGUUGGUAAGAUAAUACUAAAUCUUAGGUAUGGUGGGGUACAAAGGAAAAACUACUGAGGAUGGAAAUAGCCUGGCAUAUAUUCUUUCCAUGGUGUAUUAGAGAAUUUUCCCACAAGGGAACAAGUUAUACUAAAAUUGGUUGGAGCAUACACUUUUAAAAAACAUCAGGCAUUGCUGCAUUGUAUGCUUCCAGGAUCUAGAACAGUGGUUCUCAACCUGUGGGUCCCCGGAUGUUUGUGCUUCAACUCCCAGAAAUUCUAACAACGGGUAAACUGGCUAGGAUUUCUGAAAGUUGUAGGCCAAAACACCUGGGGACCCACAGGUUGAGAACCAGUGAUCUAGAAAAUGGUGGUGCUAUUGAGAAUUACAAGAACUCAAAAAUUACUUCCUACCACAACGGUGAUCUCAUCUGAAGGUUUUGACAGAGACUCCAUAUUUGCAGACCACUAGAUCUUGUGUAAAGCUUGCCAGUUUGCCAAAUGUGCAAAAUCCUAUAGAUGUUCAUAAUCCCCCCCCCCCCCAAGUGUUGCACAAAGUAAAGUUUAUGCAUUACAGUAUAAAACAGAAAAGAUAGGUUGAAGGGGAUAAGCAUGAUUCAAGGCAUGGAGGACUUCAAGCUACUGCCUUUCCCCCUCCUGAUUCCAGGUUAGUUUUGGAGCAGGAGCACUGUGUAUACAUUUCAGUUCCUGUACCGAGUGGGGAUAUUGCUGUGCUCCUUAUUUUUGGGCUGCAACUUCUAACCAACAUGGCAAAUUGUGGAAAGUCAAAUGUUUGGAGGGUUGCACGAUGCCUCACUGUUCUAUGCAGCAUACAGAAAUUACAUCUUUGAAAUGUUACCCUAUCUUGAUUGCAUACCAGGACGAGGCACAUCCACAUUCUGUGCUGCAGAAAGCUAGGACUGCAAGUGCAUAGUUGGUGGGUUAAUUUAAGUUCUUUAUGUUUCAAGUCACCCUGCAAAUUUAAAACCAAUUUAAGAAAUCCAGAACAACAGGCUAGUGUGUUCACAAUUUUAAAAUGUAGUUUAUAGAGCUCAAAUUCCACAGAAUUGGGGAAGGCUACUAUAAUGUUUGACUCAGACAAUAAACGGCUGGUAUUAAAAUA